GAGAGGUCACGGCGUGAGGCCGCCGCCACAGUCGCCGCGAGGUCGGAGCGCCGGGCUGCACCAUGGCCUACUGCCGGCAGGAAGGGAAGGAUCGAAUCAUAUUUGUGACCAAAGAAGACCAUGAAACUCCAAGCAGUGCGGAGCUGGUGGCCGAUGACCCCAAUGAUCCUUACGAGGAGCACGGACUGAUCCUACCCAACGGAGACAUCAACUGGAACUGCCCGUGCCUGGGGGGCAUGGCCAGCGGCCCGUGUGGGGAACAGUUCAAGGCGGCCUUUUCCUGCUUCCACUACAGCACAGAGGAUGUCAAGGGGUCGGACUGUAUAGACCAGUUCCGGGCCAUGCAGGAGUGCAUGCAGAAGUACCCGGACCUCUAUCCCCAGGAGGAGGAGGAGAAGCCAGCGGAUCAAUUAGAGGAAACGGCUGUCUCUGAAGCCACCACAACCAAAGAAGAGGAGGGGUCUAGCUAAUGAGGGCCCUGGGCACUGGGCUCCAGCCUCCUUCAGAGAGGAUGAACCUCUCCAAGAAAGUAUCUUUCCCUCUGUAGUUCUGUGCACUGUAAUGUACAAAAUAACUUAUUGAGUUGAUCAGGGGUCUUGGCCCCUUGACAUGUACACUGAAAUAUGGGUUGUAUGUAUGUGUGUCUCACAUAACCUGUCAGUGAAUGUAGCUGCCACUUUUUUUUUUUUUUUGCGGUACGCG